ACCUAAAUCAAACUGAACUAGACACGACUUUUCGCUCGUGACAGUUAAUGAAGCGCUUUCUCUCACCUACAGUCACAAUGUCAGCCAAGCGAAUUCAGUACAAGGUCGAGGGCCGGGUACAAGGCGUCAACUUCAGGUCCUUUACACAGAAGCAGGCCAGAAGUAUCGGCAUCACUGGCUUUGUCACCAAUGCAUCCGAUGGAAGUGUCCAAGGCGAGGCCCAGGGCAGCGAAGACAAGAUCAACGAGUUCGUCCAACACCUGAACAAGGGUCCUCCGGCAGCAUCCGUCUCCAAAGUCGACCAGUCUGACAUCUCAGCCAAGUCGGGCGAAAGCAGCUUCAACGUCCAGUAGUUGAAGACUUGCAAUUGUGGUAUACUCGAUGGAAUGAACGAUCAUGACUUUCGAUUGAAUGAUUCCUCUCCUCUGCUUUCCACAUCGAUAUCAUCUAGCUAGACUCAAAUGCACAAAUACACAUUCUAGGCUG